AAAAAAUUUCUUUCGAACAACAAUUUCUGUGGUUUUUCAUUGGACAACGAAAAGUCAUCGAGAUCAGAGCUUCAAUUGCGACUUAACAAAUAAAAUUGGUUGACUUGCACUUUGUGGUAAUUUCAGCCUAUAAACAAUUGCAACAACAGUGGUAAAAUCAGUGAAUUUUCUACAUUUUCUGCUACGCAGUUCCAAGUGAUUCUUAAACUCUUCAAAAUGCGCACAGCUGUGUUGCUGCUGCCACUUGUGGCCCUGCUGGCGGUGGCCCAGGCCGUUUCCUUUGCCGAUGUGAUCAUGGAGGAAUGGCAUACAUUCAAGUUGGAGCACCGCAAGAACUACCAAGAUAAUACCGAGGAACGCUUCCGCCUCAAGAUCUUCAAUGAGAACAAGCACAAGAUUGCCAAGCACAACCAGCGUUUUGCCGAGGGAAAGGUCAGCUUCAAACUGGCGGUUAACAAGUACGCCGAUUUGCUGCACCAUGAAUUCCGUGAGCUGAUGAAUGGCUUCAACUAUACCAUGCACAAGGAAUUGCGUGCUACCGAUGAGAGCUUCAAGGGCGUUACUUUCAUCUCGCCAGCUCAUGUGACCCUGCCCAAAUCUGUGGACUGGCGUGAAAAGGGCGCUGUUACCGCUGUUAAGGAUCAAGGACAUUGCGGCAGCUGCUGGGCCUUCUCCAGCACUGGUGCCUUGGAGGGUCAGCAUUACCGCAAAUCGGGUGUCCUUGUAUCGCUUUCCGAGCAGAAUCUUGUUGAUUGCUCAACCAAAUAUGGCAACAACGGAUGCAAUGGUGGUCUAAUGGACAACGCUUUCCGUUACAUCAAGGAUAACGGAGGCGUUGACACUGAGAAGUCGUAUCCUUAUGAGGCCAUCGAUGAUUCCUGCCACUUUAACAAGGGAACUAUCGGAGCCACCGAUCGUGGAUUCGUCGAUGUGCCCCAGGGUGAUGAGAAGAAGCUUGCUGAGGCUGUAGCCACUGUUGGACCCGUCGCCGUGGCCAUUGAUGCUUCUCACGAAUCCUUCCAGUUCUACUCGGAGGGUGUCUACAACGAGCCCCAAUGUGACUCCCAGAACUUGGACCAUGGUGUUCUUGCUGUUGGUUUCGGCACCGAUGAGACUGGCACAGAUUACUGGCUGGUGAAGAACUCGUGGGGAACCACCUGGGGCGACAAGGGCUUCAUCAAGAUGCUGCGCAACAAGGAUAACCAGUGCGGUAUUGCCAGCGCUUCCAGCUAUCCCCUGGUCUAAUCCAGAACUGAUGUAAUUUAGCCACAGCCUUCAUAUGAUAUGAUAUACAAACAAAACGAAAAACAUACCAACGCAAGCAUCUCAAAAGAAACUUUAUUAAUUUAGCCCAACCUCAUACCUUUAAUGAUAUAAUUUCGUAUUGGGUCCAUUUGAAUUCAUGUAUCUCUGCCAUCAUGUAUGAUAUAGGUGAACAACUUAUCUGUUGAUGUUUGUAGAAAAAUAAAUAAAAAUUAUAUAAUUUUAA